UCAUACAUUCAGUCAUAUACGAUAACAAUGGAGCAAGUAGAGAGUAGCGCGCAGGAGGAGCGCAGCCUCGAGCUCACUCUGGGCUUUGCUGUGUGCGUGACGACGGCCCCGCCCCUCCCCCGCUUCUUCCCAUGCGUCUACUGCGACAAAAAGUUCGGCACCGCGCAAGCGCACGGUGGCCACCAAAACGCGCAUAAGCAAGAGCGCGCCGUCGCCAAGCGCCUCCGGGAGACCGCUGCUGCCACGGCGCAGUCUUGGAAGGCGGGGAGGGCUGCCACCACUGCUCAGAUCUCCGGGGAGCCUGCAACAGGCUCCGUGGCGCACAUGCGCGGCAGGAGCUCGUCGGAGCGCGACCACGAGCUCGACUUGGCUCUCCGGCUGUAACCGGUCGGCUGAUCGAUCAAACUCUGCCAGUAUCCUUGGUCCGCACCCUUUAUUUCCGGUGCUAGGUACGUUAUAGUUAGCUAUAACCAUUUGUUUCAAAGUUCCUGCUGUGUAUGCGUUGGAUUCAUAUCAGCGCUCUUAUAGUUAACUGGAUAUUUGUUUUUAAGGUCUA